AUGAAUACACCAUUUCUAAAAUCAUAUUAUCGCCGAAAAUCUACAUAUCUAACUUCUGAGCAGAUAGAAACAAUUAGAUCGCUCAAAGAUAAGGUACCUAAGUAUAGAAUUAUGAGAGAUUUCCAUAUUAAUGAACAUCGAGUAGAUGAUAUAUGGGAAGAUCGAGAGCGCCAACAACAAAUAAUACAAAGUACCAUUUCCACCGAGAUAUCUACACUAGCCUCACCAGACACGAAGUGUCCUGUUUUACAGACUCCAUCCGAAAAUUUUAAUCGAAUCGGAAGAGAGAAUUUAUAUCCAGAAGAGACAAAGUCUCGAGUCAAAGACUCAUCUACUACUCCUCUUAAUACAGAAAUAAAAAAGAGAAGUUCCAAAUCUCGGUCUAAAUCCAUUCGUAUAUCUGAUCCAAUACCUACUAAUAACUCUAAUGUGGUAGCAUCUACACUUAAUGAGACGGAAAAAAUAAGUAGUGAAGAACUGGAUGCAUUAUAUGAAAAAGAAGCUAGAAGAGCUGAGAAAAAUAUAGCAAAUAUGACUCGCCUAUUAGCUACUACAUAG